AUGGCACAAGAAAUAAAUACUCACCGUGUCUUGACUAUUGCUGGUUCUGUGGCUUUAGUUGCCUUGACAGCUUACGGUGUUUGGAAAUGGAACAAGACAGAUGUUAAGAACGAAGACGACAAGAAGAAAAAAACUAGACAGGUGGAGAAACAGUCACACCUAACAGAAGAAAAAGAAACCCUCAAGGAACUUGAGCAUAUUAUUGAGUCUGUGCAAACAGAGCCUGAGAUCGAGGAGCAAGUGGUAGUGACUGAGGUUGAAGUGGUGGAGGUGGUUGAAGCCGCCAAGGCAGAGACACCCAAGGCAAAAGAAGCCAAGGUGGAAGCACCCAAGGCGGAAGCACCCAAGGUAGAAGAAGAAGCCAAGGUAGAAGAAGCACCCAAGGUAGAAGCACCAGUGGUGGUCAAGGAAGCAGUGGUUGAACAAGUGUUGGUAGAGGCUGAACAAGUGUUGGCUGAGAUCAACAAGGUAGUGACUGAGACGGAGGCAGUUGUUACUGAGGCUAGAGAAGCUAGCAAGGAGGAAGAAGAGGAGUAUGUUGUUGUUGCAAAGAGAGAAGAGAGCCAAUCGUGUGCGACUAGUAGCACAGAGGAGACGGAUGUUUGGACACCAGAACAUGAAUCCGACAACCAUAAAAAUAAUACCCCCGAACCUACCACCACUCCCAUUACCACCACCACUCCUACUACUACUACUUCUGGUAAAGCCAACGAAGAGUACAUUUGGAAGGCUGAUGCUACUGCCACCAGCAAUACGGAGGAAGGAAAAGACUGGGCAUCUUCUACUAUUGUGAGUUGCUCCAAACUUUCAUCAGAUGCACCCGUCUUUGUACCUCGUCAACAAAUGAAGAAGAACCCCAAAAAGCGUUUAUCCCGUGCUGAAUUAAUUGAACAACAACGUCAAAACCACACACCACAUGCCAAGGCAAGAUGUAGUCACUGGCCUCGUUGUACCAACAAGAACUGUAAAUUCUGGCAUCCAUUUAGAGACUGCCGUGAGGGAGAGACUUGUCCCUUUGGUAACAAGUGUAUGUUUAUUCAUCCCUCAGAUUAUGUAGAACCACCUCGUGUUAAAAAGAAUCAAACUUCUGAUGAGGAGGAACAAUUCAUUCAACAAGAUCAAUUCCAGUUCGCAGCAUAA